UUCCUUGCAUGCUCUGUCACGAAGCAUCAGGUAGACUUAAAAGAUGAGAGCCACAGCCGGCAAGCCUCUCAAGGUGUCCCCUACCGUAAUGUGGAAAAACCUCGUAGAAUAUUCAGUCAUAUUUCUUUACAACAAAACCGAUUUGAUUCAUCUGUUCUUGUACAGGAGUCACAAUGUGGACUUGGAAAAUGGAGGCCAUCAUGGUUGUCAUUUUUGGGUUCUCGUAGAUGGAUGAUUACGUUAUUAUGCUGGUACUGUGCAGUACAAGGUAUUGUCGUUAAUGGUCUCGUGCCUUCCGCGAUCUCAUCGAUAGAACGUCGGUUUAAACUCAGCACAAGCACUAUGGGUCGCAUCGUACAGUUCUACGACUUUGGAUACGUUUUGUUUUGCAUACCUGUGUCUUACUUUGGUGGACGGCAUAGUAAACCUGCCGUACUUGGUGCUGGUCUCGCUCUUAUAUGUAUUGGUAGUCUAUUGUUUUCCACGCCUCAUAUGCUAGCAGAUAGUUAUUCGGCUAAUCAGGAUCACAAAUCUUUAGGAUCGUUUCACUUUUUUCAGCUUUCUGUGCCGCUCAAAAACAAAAUCAGGUGGACUUUUCGAUUUGUAUUUCUGUUCUGUUUGGCUCAUUUUCUACAUGGUAUCGGUGCUACACCUUUGUUCACAAUUGGAGUGUCAUACAUUGACGAGAAUGUGGGCAAAGCGCUUUCAUCAUUGUUUGUGGGCAUUUUUUACUCUUUUGCCGUCUUUGGUCCAGCUGCGGGAUUUCUAACUGCGGGUACAUUUCUGACAUACCAUACGGAUUUCUGGCAUCUUCCAGCUGAACAAAUUUCACGAGUAAGUGGAGAUGAGACUGAUCCAUCAUGGGUGGGAGCUUGGUGGAUAGGCUUUGUUCUGGCUUCUUUCAUCGCAAUGCUUGCUGUGGUUCCAAUCAUGUGUCUUCCAAAAGUAUUACCUGAAUCUCUAAAAUGGCAUCGAAAUCGUUUGGUGGAAACAUCCCAAGCAGGGCGAAGGCGUACACCCGAAUGUUGUGGAUUAGCUGGUACCAACAAAACGGCAGCGCUCUAUCGUGAUGCGCCUUUGCCAGGUGAGUUUGUUGAUCUGACUUUUUUAGAAGAGUCGUCAUUGCUGUACACUUCAAUUACAACUCGAGGUAGAGGACCGUUGUGGUACAAGCUGUGGUUGGAUGUGAGGCAUAUUCCCAUAGCUAUUUACCGGAUUCUCACCAAUGCUCCGUUUAUGCUCAUCACGCUUGCGAUGGCGAUCGACAGUCUUGUUGUCACUGGUGCAUCAUCGUUCAUGUCAAAAUACCUGGAAAGGCAGUUUAAUGUACCACCAAGCAGCUUCAAUAUGCAGUUAUUAUUUAAGUUCAUAGGAUGCAUUAUGGUCCCCAUGGCUGGAAUUGGUUGCAUGAUUUCCGGUUUCAUAGUACAGUAUUUCCGAUUGAACUGUGUAACAACACUCAAACUUGCUGUUGGUUUACUUUUCGUCUCGUUGGUACUCACCCCAAUGUAUCUCAUAUAUUGCCCACAUGAUCCUCUUGUCGAUGGUCACAUUUCCAUGGGCAAUUACUCGGAUGUUGAGCCGUCGUUACGAAGCCCAUGUAACUCGCAUUGUCUGUGCAGUGAAGCUGAAUUUCGCCCGGUUUGUGCUGAAUUCGUAGAUGGACGGCAGCUUUCUUAUUAUUCGCCAUGUUUCGCUGGAUGUUCAGAGCCUUACACACCUAUGCAAAAGGUGUAUACAAAUUGUUCUUGUGUAGUGGAAACCCCACGUCUUCGAGUUAAGCAGGUAAAAAAAGGCCUAUGUGAAUCGAAAUGUAAAGGACUACUAGGAUUUCUGAUAAUGUUUGCUCCAUUGUCUCUUUGCACGUUUGCUGUGGGCGUUCCAAUUAUAUCGGUAAUUCUGAGAACGGUGGACUACAACGAGCGAUCAUUCGCGUUGGGUAUUCAGGGAAUUCUGGUGCGUGUCGUAGGAACCAUUCCAGCACCAGUUCUCUUUGGUUGGAUGUUUGACGUGAGCUGUAUUCGAUAUCAAUCGGAACCCUGUGGUGACUCAGAGAGUGGGAGUUGCUUGCUUUAUUCCAAUAAAUUGCUUGCGGAUCUCUUCCUGACGUUCUCUAUUAUUGGACAGGUAAGGGUUUUACAUUUUAGUAGCGUUGGCUUAAACUAA